AUGGCGAACGGCCAAUCCUCAGCUCCUAGCGGCGACUCCCAUGUACACACCAGGAAUAAGACAAAUCCUCUGCUUAAGCCAUGCACUAAUGCACCAGCCGUAGAACAAGCGAGCUCUCGUCUCUGCGAGGACGACACCCUGGAGAGCCUGCUCGAUCAUGAGCCUCAUUCAUUGACCAGCACAUCCACAUGGAAAGCAGAAUCAUGGCUUUUGCUAUCUUACGCUCUACCACUGAUAGGCACUUACUUGCUUCAAUACUUCUACAGCGUUGUCACAAUUUUUGUUGCAGGCCAUAUCGAUAGCGAUGCACUUGCGGCGGCCAGUAUUGGCGUCACGACCAUGACUAUCAUCGGCUAUGCCAUUUUUGAGGGCAUGGCAACUGCCCUAGACACACUUUGUGCCCAGGCUUUCGGCUUGGGCAAUCUGACAGGUGUUGGCCUACACGUUCAGAAAAUGAUGUUGUUGAUGGUCAUCGUUGGUAUUCCUAUCGGUGCAUUCUGGCUCAGCUCGCCGUGGGUUCUGGCACUUUUCGUCAAGCAGGAGCGUCUUGCUCACAUGGCUGGACGAUUUUUGCAGAUCAGCUUGAUUGGCCUUCCAGGCUAUGCUAGCUUUGAGGCUCUGAAGCGAUUUGUGCAAGCGCAAGGAGAGUUCAAUUCGUCGUUGGUCGUCCUUGUUGUUUGUGCACCAGUCAACAUCUUCUUGAACUGGCUAUUCUGCUUCAAGCUCGAUUGGGGACUAGGUGGAACAGCUCUUGCAGCUGCGUUGACUAACAAUCUUCGACCUAUUUUGCUUGUGGCGACCAUUUUCACCUGGAAUAGAUGGACUUUACAAUGCUGGGGCGGUUUCAGCCGGAACGUAUUCACAAGAUGGGGUCCUAUGAUCCAGCUCUCUACUGCUGGUUCAGUACUCAAUCUAGCGGAGUGGUUCGCUUUCGAAGUGCUCACUUUCAGCAGCUCGUAUAUCAGCACAAAGCACAUAGCUGCUCAGACAAUUUUGACCACAUGCUCGGUGCUCGUAUGGCACAUUCCGUUCUCAGUAAGUGUUGCCGUCACUACACGAGUUGGACAUUUAAUUGGCGCUGGGUCUCUAAAGACUGCGAAACGAGUCAUAAUCUUCUACGGCGUUCUCUUCAUCUGUAUCGGUAUCUUCGACGGAAUUUUGCUCUUCUGUUUGCGGCAUAUCAUACCAAAAUUCUUUUCUGACGAUGCCGAAGUGCAAGCCAUCGCUGCUCGAACUAUGCCAUUUGUCGCACUCUUUCAACUCAUUGAUGCGAUCAUCGCUGGUUGUAGUGGAGUUCUGCGAGGGUUCGGCCGACAGGCGAUAUGUGCAUGGGUAGCAUUUCCUGUCAAUUACCUUGGUGCAGUACCCCUAGCGCUGUGGCUUGAACUCGGAUCUCCUAACCUACAACUUGUGGGCUGUUGGACUGCGCUGCAGGGUGGAAUGGUUGUGAUUGCUGUUGUCGAGCUUGCCGCACUCAAGAUCAUGAAUUGGGAAAGAUGUGUCGAGGAUGCUCGUUUGAGAAUUUAG